GGCUUCAACACAACCACAGCCUUGACCCCCUCCAUGCACUUGCUGUGACCACUCCCCCGCCACUAUGAAACCUAGAACAGUCCCAGCACUUGCAAGAGGCCCACAGGACAGAUUUGGCGAGACGGAAGUGGCCGAGCAGGGAAAGCUGGGGCCGCCCCUCUGCGUUCCCCACCUGAGUCACAUUUUCACAGACUGGAAAGUGUGAGUGAGAGUGAGCCCAGCCACACGAGGGGCAGCCGUGGUUGGGGGACAGGAAGAAGAGGAGGGUACGGCGGGAAAGGGGUGGGGCUGAACCCCAGGUCUAAAGGCGGCCCCCCGGGGGCCCUGCGGGUGGCUUCCACAGCAGGCAAAGCACACGAAGCACGUUGGGCAAUUGUGGUUUCCUCCCAGCUCAAAGUACCCAGGCGUGCCAGCCCGGCCCUUGGACGACCCGCGGCGGGCAGGGAAGGUGGCGGGGGUAGGGGGGUCGUCUCAUCUAUGACAGGCAUGGAGGAGAUGGUAGUACACCCCUCGGUGUUCGUGGUGGACGGGCAGACGGACAUCCCAUUCACCAGGCUGGGACGAAGCCGCCACCGGAGACAGCCCUGCAGCGCGGGCCGCGUGGGCCUGGGGCUGCUGCUGUUACUGCUGGGAGGAGGGCUGGCCGUGCAGGGCUGGUUCCUCCUGCAGCUGCACCAGCGCCUGGGGGAACUAGGCAUGCGGCUGCCGGACCAAGAUACGGGCUCCUGGGAGCAGCUCAUCCAAGAACACAGAUCCCACAAGGCCAGCCCAGCAGCACACCUGACAGGGGCCAACUCCAGCUUGGCAGGCACAGGAGGUCCCCUACUCUGGGAGACGCAGCUGGGACUGGCGUUCCUCAGAGGCCUCAGCUACCACGACGGGGCCCUGGUGACCACGCAAGCUGGCUACUAUUACAUCUAUUCCAAGGUGCAGCUGGGCGGCGUGGGCUGCCCGCAGGGACUCUCCAUGGACAGGCCCGUGACGCACGGACUCUACAAGCGCACGUCUCGCUACCCGGAGGAGCUGGAGCUGCUGGUCAGCCGGCGCUCACCCUGCGGGCGAACGGCCAGCUCCCGCGUGUGGUGGGACAGCAGCUUCCUGGGCGGCGUGGUGCACCUGGAGGCCGGCGAGGAGGUGGUGGUACGCGUGCUGGAGAAGCAACUGGUGCGCCUGCGGGACGGCACCCGCUCCUACUUUGGCGCCUUCAUGGUGUGAGGAGUGCGACUCGCUGGGACCCCAGACAGGGGCCCAGCGCAGGGACACCAGGCACUUUGGG